UCUCCAUGUCCUUCACGUCAAUCAUACACUCCUCCACCCAUCUCUCUCUCUCUGUCUAACCCAUAUUAGCAAACUCUUAGAGCAACCCAGCCAAAAAAAAAGAUCAAACUACAAUGGAGAGACUACCAAAAUGUGAAGCAAAUUAUGUGCCACUCACUCCUCUCACUUUCUUGAGGAGAGCCUCGGCGGUUUAUGCCAACCGGACCUCCAUAAUAUACGCCGGAACCCGGUUCACGUGGCGCCAAACCUAUGACCGUUGCCUUCGCAUUGCCUCCUCUCUCCGCUCCCUCAACAUUUUCAAGAACAAUGUUGUGUCAGUGCUGGCUCCAAACACUCCAGCAAUGUAUGAGAUGCAUUUUGCAGUGCCCAUGGCUGGUGCAGUGCUCAACACCAUCAACACCAGGCUAGAUGCUAAAAACAUAGCCACCAUUCUCAAGCACUCCGAAGCCAAGGUCUUCUUCGUGGACUACGAGUAUGUCCCCUUGGCCCGUGACGCCCUCCGGCUACUGAUGGCCGACUUGCAGACUUGUGCGGUUGCAGCCGAAUUAUCCAUGCCACUGGUCAUUGUCAUCGACGACGUUGACUCACCCACCGGUGUCCGUCUAGGUGAGCUUGAAUAUGAACAGCUAGUCCAGAACGGGAAUCCGAGGUUCGUUCCAGACGAGAUCGAGGAUGAAUGGGACCCGAUAGCCCUGAACUACACGUCCGGGACAACCUCGGCCCCCAAGGGAGUUGUUUACAGCCACAGAGGUGCUUACCUAAGCACUCUUAGCCUGAUUCUGGGAUGGGAAAUGGGGAGUGAGCCCGUUUAUCUAUGGUCGCUCCCCAUGUUCCACUGCAACGGUUGGACGUUCACGUGGGGAGUAGCCGCAAGAGGUGGGACCAACGUGUGCAUACGCAACACGACGGCCCACGAGAUGUAUAACAACAUAGCAGUCCACAACGUGACCCACAUGUGUUGCGCGCCAAUAGUGUUCAACAUCCUCCUGGAGGCCAAGCCACAGGAGCGCCGCAAAAUCAGCACCCCAGUCCAGAUCCUGACGGGAGGGGCACCGCCGCCGGCUGCACUAUUGGAGAAAAUGGAGGCCCUGGGGUUCCACGUUGUCCAUGCGUAUGGUCUGACAGAGGCCACAGGGCCUGCCCUGGUGUGCGAGUGGCAGGCCAAGUGGAAUAGCCUGCCGCGGCAGGCUCAGUCAAAACUGAAAGCGCGACAGGGGGUUAGCGUCCUGACUCUUGAAGAUGUGGACGUCAAAGACCUGAAGACGAUGCAGAGCAUGCCACGCGACGGCAAAACCAUGGGCGAAAUCGUCCUCCGGGGGAGUGGAAUCAUGAAAGGUUACUUCAAGGACCAAAUCGCAACCUCCAAGGCCUUCCACAAGGGAUGGUUCGUCACCGGCGACGUCGGGGUUAUCCACCCGGACGGCUACCUCGAAAUCAAGGACCGUUCCAAGGACGUCAUCAUCUCAGGAGGCGAAAACAUCAGCAGCGUAGAAUUGGAAUCCGUGCUUUACCGCCAUCCCUGCGUGCUCGAGGCUGCAGUGGUGGCAAUGCCGCAUCCCAAGUGGGGGGAGAGCCCCUGCGCCUUUGUCACCCUUCAAAAGGACUCCUCCUCCACCGAGGCCGAUGUCUUGGCGCAUUGCCGGAAAAACCUCGCCGGAUUCAUGAUGCCCAAGAAAGUCAUGAUCAUGAAUCAGCUACCCAAGACUGGGACUGGAAAAAUUCAAAAAUUCGAAUUGAGGGAAUUGGCAAAGUCAUUUGUCGUAACAGAUCAACCCACCAAGAAAUCGGGCCAUGUUAAGAGAGAACAACCGGGUGGCCCGUACAGAGAUCAACCUCAUGAACAAAUUCUGGCUAUGUCUCGGCUUUGAAGUUUAUAUACUUAUUAUUAAUUAUUGUAAUAUUGAGGAUAUGAUGAUCUUUAUAAUAAGUUAUUAUGUACAUAACUUAUUAUAUAUGUGUUAAGUGAAGGAUUAUCAAUCCUUUCUAUUUGUUUUUUUGGGUUGUCAAGAAGAGAACGAUUAUAAUCAAUAACAUUAAUUCAAGCACUUUUGCUUU